AUGACUCUCCGUCUCUUGGCUUGUCUGGUGGGAGGUGCCGUCCUCGGAACUUCUGCACAGGACAGUUCCACAUUCAGCAAAGCCUUUAUCGUCGAGUCAACAGCUGCUGGGUUCGAUGUAAUCUCGGACGUUCAACAGCACUUGGAUGCCCAGGGGCUUCCUUGCGUAGCGGCGACCCGAAUCGCCUUCGACUCGUCGCAUUUCACAGGAGCGUCUUUCGAUGUUUCCUGCGACACCAGCAACCCGCUGACUCCAAACACAACGGAGAGCCAGCUCCUGACCACAGUGCAGAACAUCCCCGCUGUGAAGAACGCGUGGCCAGUCCUCACCUUGUCUCCCCAAUGGCACAGCGCGCCAGGAGGCCGUGGCAUCCAGGGCCAUGAUGCGACGACCCAAACAUUGUCACACUUGAGGAAGCGCGCAACCAACAGCAGUGGAGACGACGUCUUCUCUACCCACCUCGGUACAGGCGUCAGUCGCGCACAUGCUGCCAACAUCACCGGUGCAGGCAUUAGGAUUGCUGUGGUUGACAGCGGCUUCGUGACCAAGGACGUCAGCCCGCUAUCCGAGACCUACGUCUCGUACUCGCACGACCUGACGGAUGGAGACGCCGAUGUCUCUGACAACUGUUCCUUCCACGGCACCCACGUACUCGGCAUCGUGGGGGCCGCCAGUGCGGACAGGAAAUACGGGGUGUUGGGAGUCGCACCGGGCGCAACCUUCGAGCUGUAUAGGAUCCAGGCGUGCAACACAUCUGGCGCUGACAUCGAUGUCCUGAUCAGUGCCUUUGUGGAGGCUGCGGACAGGGGCGUGGACGUCAUCACCUGCUCGUACGGCGGGGGCCUGGACUGGCCUAACGAGGCAUGGUCUCUGGUCGCGACCCGGAUCAUGGAGAGCGGCAUCUUCGUCUCCCUUCCGGCGAGCAACGAUGGCCCCGGCAUCUUUACCGCUGGGUCUCCAGGGGGCGCACGAAGUAUCUCAGCUGUCGGGUCUGCAGAAAACCCCGAGACGCCCGUGUAUACCUGGCAGGCGGCGUGGAAUGCUACUGGCAGCUCGGGCUCGGUCGGCUUGGUGCCCGGACUGCCGUUCGAUUUCUCGGGAGAGGCCCAAGAUGGGCUCUCGCUGUGGCUUCCCGCCGUUGCUGAGGACCUGCCUGACGAAGACUGCAACUCUGUUCCGGACAAUUUUACGCCACCCGCAGACCCCAGCCGGACUAUUAUGCUGAUCGACUACCGCCACUGCUGGACGCUUGGUGGUGAUAGACUCACUGCGAAGCUUGGUAUUCCAUACAUCUUAUACUACUCACCCAAAGAUGUUGAUGUGACACUAUACGGCCUUCCAUUCAUAGAGGCAAAUGCCGCCAACAAUGUAUCCGGUGUCGCUCUGGUGUCGUACCAAGAUGCUCAGAACUUUAUAUCUCAGCUCAAAGAAGGCGAUGUGAAAAUUAUCGUCCCCUCAGACACGGCAUCCUCGGAUGAAGAACUGUCAGUCUUGUCCAACAGCCUCACUGGAAAUCUCGUCAGUGACUUCUCAAGCUGGGGCCCUUCCAUGGACAGCCGCAGUCUCCCUACCUUCAUCGCUCCCGGCGGCAACAUCCUGUCCUCAUUCCCAGACUACCUGGGCGGUUUCGGGGUCAUCGGCGGGACUAGCAUGGCGACCCCUUUCGCUGCGGGAGUGGCAGCUCUGGUCAAGCAGACACGUCCGGACCUGAAGCCGGCCCAGAUCCAGGCUGCCAUGGCGUUGACGGCGAAGCCGGUACGGCAUCGCAGCGCGCCGUCCAGGAAGACACCAAAGGACUAUGACUACUUGGCGCCGGUCUUUGCUCAAGGUGGAGGGCUCGUGGAUGCGUGGGCAGCGGCACACACCGCAACGCUGGUGAAUGUGUCGAGUCUCAGCUUCAACGACACCACGAACAGGCCGGCCUCACUGAGCUUCGAGAUCACCAACACCGGAGCGGAUUCCGUGGAGUACGAGUUCAACCACAUCGGUGCCGCGUCAGGUUACAUCCUCAACGCAACGGACAAGUACAAGUCUACCGGGUCAGACCCCGAGGCUGGCGAAGUAGUGCCAGUUUUUGCCGGAGUAGACAUCACACCAAAAAGCCUCACGCUCGCGCCCGGCGCCUCGACCAUCGUGUCCGUCUCCAUCACGAGUGAGCCAGAUCUCCCCGAAGUCAAGACGCGAGGCUCCUACUUCGGCGGAUACAUCGCUUUUAACACGACAAGCCCCGAUGCACCUGCACUUUCACUGCCAUACACCGGCUUUGGCUCGCCGCUCGUCGACCUGCCCGCCAUCAACCUGGCCGAGAAAUCGACGUACCUCGCAGCAGUCAAUGACACUGGCGCUGAGCCCAUCGACUCCGGCCGCGUAUUCGUGUGCUCAUACAACGUGUCGUCUGACUCGCCGUGUUCCUUUGAGGCCGACAACUACUUCCCGGCCUUUGUGUUGACUUUCAUGCUGCAGCCGUAUCGCUGGGUCGUCGAUCUCAUCCGGUCAGCGGAUAAGAAGGUCGUCGUCCCAGAGAUCGUGGCUGGCGGCGCCCUGGGUAUCAACGGUACCACGAGUCCCUGGUACCCCGGAGGAAAUUAUUUUUGGGACGGCAGCGAGGGCAAUAGUACGUUCUUGGUUGAGGGCUCGUACAGCUUCAGGGUGAAGGCGUUAAGAUUGAACGGUCAUAUUGAUGUUGAGGAGGAUUAUGAUGUGGUGGAGCUGGGGGAGUGGGUGCUGAAGUAUGCGAAUGACAGCAUAGGGUUGCCGGGUAGGAGAGCCUAG